AUGAGAUGCUCUUUAAUUUUGUGCUCAUAUACAUCCGAUUGUUCCCACUCGUGUUCUCUGUUCACUACUACUACUACUACUACUACUACUACUACUACUACUACUACUACUACUACUACUACUACUACUACUACUACUACUACUACUACUACUACUACUACUACUACUACUACUACUACUACUACUACUACUACUACUACUACUACUACUACUACUACUACUACUACUACUACUACUACUACUACUACUACUACUACUACUACUACUACUACUACUACUACUACUACUACUACUACUACUACUACUACUACUACUACUACUACUACUACUACUACUACUACUACUACUACUACUACUACUACUACUACUACUACUACUACUACUACUACUACUACUACUACUACUACUACUACUACUACUACUACUACUACUACUACUACUACUACUACUACUACUACUACUACUACUACUACUACUACUACUACUACUACUACUACUACUACUACUACUACUACUACUACUACUACUACUACUACUACUACUACUACUACUACUACUACUACUACUACUACUACUACUACUACUACUACUACUACUACUACUACUACUACUACUACUACUACUACUACUACUACUACUACUACUACUACUACUACUACUACUACUACUACUACUACUACUACUACUACUACUACUACUACUACUACUACUACUACUACUACUACUACUACUACUACUACUACUACUACUACUACUACUACUACUACUACUACUACUACUACUACUACUACUACUACUACUACUACUACUACUACUACUACUUAUUUACUCCAUUGUCGUCAUUAA